AUGGACAGCGUAAGGUAUUUGUCUUAUCAUCAAUGGAAAGAGACUAAAGGCGACACGAGCAAAGCUCAAACUUAUCAUCAGAAGCUUCUUACGAACGUGGGAACCCUCGAAUCGAAUGUGGGAUUGAUCGAGAAGCUCAUAAAAGGUUACUUAGAUGCCACAAAAGCUUUCUGUGGAGCAGGCUCCCAGUUAGCUGAGGCUUUCUCGACGGUUUUAAAGGAAACGCCGCUGUUAGAAAUCUCGCAGCAGCUGAAGCAAGUUGUGGAAGAAAUUGACCAUGUCGCUCAUAAGUCGAGUGUUCAUAUCACGAGUCAAAUACUUGGGACCCUUUGCGAUUUCACGGCAACGUUGCCAGAGCUCAGAAGAGCAAUUGAAGCUCAUAAAAGAAGUGUUCAAAACUACGAGUCGUGUCAGGAAAACCUCGACGUGUUAGAGAAAGAUGAUAGCUUAGUAAACAACGAUGGGAAGAGACUCAAAACAAGCAGACAACGAUUUCGAGCUGCCACAGAGGAGCUUACAACGGUAGAAGAACAGUUAUACAGAAGCUUUUCUGAAGUUGAAGAAAAUCGAGUCAAGGUGGGUUAUCCUGUUAUGAGAAACGUUUUAUCUCUCUAGAACAUUCUAUCCGGUUUGACAUUUAAGAUUGUUGAUUAUAUUUCAAAACCACUGGCGUGUUUCAUGUUGUCUUUUGUGCAUUAUCCUUACUUUUUUCUAGCGUCUCCCAAUUGUUUCUUAAUUUUGGGGAUGUUUGGUUAGGUUUAGGCGCUAAACAUUAGCGUGAGAUACCAAAUUUGUGUUUGUGAAAUUUCUUGUAUUUUGUACCAAACUACUGAAGCCUUCACCUCAACUAUUGUUUGUCAUAUUCCCAAAAUAACUGUGGGUGUAAGGUUAAAUCCGAACAAAGCGUAUUACAUCAGAUGUUAAGAUGUAAAUAAGCUCUGAAUUAUGGUUGAAAAUGCUAAUCUAUCCCCAGUUAGAAAGAAGUUUAAUACAAGUUUAGAGUUAAGCUAAACGUAGUUAUUUAAUUUCUUGGCGGGCGAUUGAAGAGGUGUGUUUUAGAACAUCUGGCGAACUAUGUCACAUGUCGCCUUGUCCUGAGGCGUUUUUUGGAAGGUUUUCAAAUUGCAUCGUUCCUUUGGAAUAAAGACAGCUUUUUGACAAAAGAAAGCGGAACUCUCCGUCUUAUUGAUCUUUUUAAUCCGAGCUAAAACAAUCACUUCUUAGAGUUCAUGGUGAGAAUCUUCACCAUUUUACGGCUUAUAAUGAUUGUUUUGCGUAGGAGUGGCGUCAAAACAUUUUUAUAAACUUCUUUAUAUACGCUGUCUUUAUUGGUCGAAUCUCUUACAUAAUUCAGGAAGAUUACAAAUAUAGCUUGAUUGGUAUUUUAAGCUGAGAAUGAAAAUUUGGGUUUACCUCGGUGUAAAAACCUGUGAAGUUUUCUUUGUUUUCUAGCUAUUAUUUUCCUUGUCUCUGUUGUGUUGACUUCUCAGUGGCUUCUUUGUAUUCAUUGUUUUACAUCACUCGUGAGUCUCACAGGUUUUUUACACUGAGGAUGAGCCGAAAAUUACUAAUGUAAGAAUUAUACCGAUGAACUGGAAAAAGAUUAUUAAUAGCGUGUGCAUGUGAGCAUUGAGGCCAGUUCAAAAACAGUUAAAAUGCCUAUUGGUAAAUGUGGUUGGAAUGUUUUGAAAACAAAACAGUCCUAAGUACUGUUUCAGUAUUGCUUUCCCUUGUUCAGGAAAAUGAAAUGUGUUGUAUUUUGCCGACAAUGAUGGCCGUUUUUCCCUUUUUUUCAGAAAUGGCUGGGAGGGGGGCAUUUUCUGUAAAAUAUGCACCUUAUCAGUUGGAACAUAUUGUCUAGCUGCAUGUGCCAUAGCUGUCGUGUUGUAAUAUCAUACCAUUGCAGGUCUCCUAUCUUAUCUUUGAAAGGCCAGCUGGUAUUCUGAUCUAAAGAACCCUCAAAGUCUUUCUGAGUGGGUUUACACAGUAAAUUUUACCUCAGUUAAUAUUCAAAAAGAGCAAAAAUCGAUAUAAAGCAGUUAAAAAUUUAAAGUUUGGUCCAAAACUGAAUAGCCCCAUUGCUUCUGGAGGUGUAGGGGUUCCUGGGACUGUCAUUUGAUAUUCAGGGGAUCACAUGCUCAUGUAGAGUUUUGCAUUAGUUGAUCAUGUGAUCAACUUUUGGUAAACACGAAAACAGUUCACUUUUGAAAGAUUUUGUUAGGAAGAUCGAGAGAAAUAUUGCUAUACAGUUAAUAAAGUGCUGCUGACCAAGUCAAGAUUAGACUGUGGGCUCCUCUUUUCGCCUGCAAUUAUGUAGCCUGUAAAUUGUCAGCAUUAUAUAUCUCACAAGUAGCCAUUACAACAGCCGCUGAAAAUUAGAAGGAUUUGUAUGAGAAAAACAACUCAUGCCACCCAGUCAUGCUUAAGACUGUGGUUUUCCAUACAACUCAUUAUAAAUUCUGAAAUUUUUAAACUGUAGUUAAAUCUUUCCCUUAUGCAUUUAAGGGCUCAAAGUGCCUGUUAUGAAUUAAAAGGAGAUUUGAGCCCUAUAAUGCUUAAGGAAAUAUUUCAUGGCAAUUCGAAAAUUACGAAAUUUACAAGGAUUUGUAUGGAAACCAUUCAAGUGUGACUGGGCGGCAGAAGUUGUUUUUCUCAUACAAAUCCUUCUAAUUUUCGGCGGCCAUUGCAAUCACUACUUUUGAGAUAUGUAGGGCUGAAAAUGUAUGGGUUACCUAAUUUUAAUAUAUGCUCUUUCAGCUUGUUCUAUUAAAAUUUUUCAAAAGCGAACUGUUUCGUGUUUACCAAAAGUUGAUCACGUGAUCAACUAAUGCAAAAGACCUAUUAUUGUAAUAAUUUAUAUCCUAAACAGUAGAAUGAAUUUGUCUUCAAAAAUGUGACUUGUUAGAGAUUUAUUCAGUGGAUAACGUCAUCAACCUUGUCAACAACUAGGCCUGAUGAAUAUGCAAAUCUUUGCUUCGUUUUAUUUUUGCUUCAUUAACAUAUUUUACUUGUCAGUCUUUGGCUAAACCAGUAAUAUUUUUGAAGAGUUAAAGAGCAUUGCAAUAUCAGUGAUCGCCAAAAAUGUGAGCCUCGUAUCCCUAAUAGUUUUAGAGAAAAUUUUCUUUAAAAAGUUGAAAUUUAACAAGGAAUGUAUGGCNUCGGUUUCAGUCCCCCUCGGAAACAAAACUGAUCAAAAAUUGUCGUCUCCCUUCUUGAUUUAAAAAACAUGCAACUUGAUUUAGAUAACGUGUCUCUUGAUACAUGACAUGAAACACGUGGGAAUUGAAAGUAAAUUCUACAAUCUUGACACAUUCAAAAAGCAAAUUGAUGUUAAUUUUAUCGAUCUUGAUAGUGAAUUGGUGUAUUUGAAUUAUAAAGUUGCAUCUUUGAUAUUUUGUCACUUUUGGCGUAGCAUAACUAGGCCUGAUGAAUAUGCAAAUCUUUGCUUCGUUUUAUUUUUGCUUCAUUAACAUAUUUUACUUGUCAGUCUUUGGCUAAACCAGUAAUAUUUUUGAAGAGUUAAAGAGCAUUGCAAUAUCAGUGAUCGCCAAAAAUGUGAGCCUCGUAUCCCUAAUAGUUUUAGAGAAAAUUUUCUUUAAAAAGUUGAAAUUUAACAAGGAAUGUAUGGCUUAUUAACAUUUUGCCACCCAGCAAUUUUGCUUUGCAAAGGGCUGAAAAUUACUCAGAUUGCUUAAGAUACGGAAAAACAGGCAACAAAAAACAUUCAACUUGUUUUGCACUAUUGCUGCAAAAUGAGUUGCAUAUCAAGCCUGUCUUGCACCAAAUCAAGUUGUUGACAGGUUUGAACGUGGGUGGUAAAACAUGCAAUUUAAUAUCUUUGCAACUCUUUUGCAGCAAUGGUGCAAAACAAGUUGCAUGUUUUUUGUCGCCUGUUUUUUACCGAUUGCUUUUCGGUGAAGUUUGCCCCGAAAACACCCACGAAAUUACCGCGAAAUCGGCUGAUUUUUCACGAAUUUGUCCCUAAAAAUCCAGUGAAAUUUGAUUUUUUCUUCCGCGACCUGUCAGAAGCCCUGAAGUACGGAAAAACAGGCAACAAAAAACAUGCAACUUUUUUGUAGUGGUGAUGGCGAAGACAGAGGAAAACCUGUACUAGAAUUCUUGUGUGGAUGGAGGGAAUGUCUGAUGGUAAGAAUGAUUUGAGAAGUUAUCUGACAAUAUUAUUAUUAUUAGAUGCUGGGAUCUUGCUUCCUGUCACUAUUGCAAGUUCAGGCACAGUUUUUGAUGUCAUCAGCUGACUUGACAACAUCGCUUGGAGGCUUCCACGAGAUUGGUGACUAUCUGCGGGACAGAGAAGUUACCCUGGCUCUGAAGGAUGCCACAGCUACUUGGAUUUCCCUUGCUCAAGUAGGUACAUGUGUCCUUGGACAGUUCAUAUGAACUUGGGGCUUGAAAUCUAGAACUCUGUAAGCUAUUUCAGUUGAGUAAGAGAAUCAGUCUGCUUUGUUCCAAAAAGAAAAAAGAAAAAGGGUGAUAGAGAUGUGAUGGUGAAUAUAUUUUUGAGCCUGACUCCAGUUGUUCAAAAGGUGGAUAGCACUAUCCACCGGAUAAAUCUCUAUUGACUGGAUAGCGCAAUUUGCUCCCCUAAUAUUUAUCCACUGGAUGGUGAUUUAUCUGGUGGAUAGCGCUAUCCAGCUUUUGAACAACUGCAGUGGUUCUGUGAGUCUCAACCUUUGAUAUGAGUGAACUGGUAGAGGUGGGCAACACAUCCUUGGAAAAUACCCUUUUCCAUCUUCAAACAGCGGUGUGGGCUUUUUUACCUUCCCCUCAAACUGAGUUAAUAAACAAAGAUAAUAAUCCAUUUUACAGUUACAGGUGGAAACGAGGCUGGAGUUGCCUUUGUUUUGAUACAACCCUUAGCUUCCUGCUCCAUUAUGUAAAUUGUGUUUUUCUUAUGCUAACUAGUAUUUUUAAAGCAAAGUGAUGGUAGAAAAGAGAGGAGGUUUGUAUCAAAACAAGGUCAACCUCAGCCUCACAUUCACUCGAAGGCUAGGACACUAAGCCCAUAACUGUAAAAUGGCCUAUUGGGACAAGGCCAAGAACUUUAUGUCACCACCCAGUGACAUGAUCAUCUGAACCAUGAUGGGGUGUUAAACACAGCCCGCAUGAUCAUACCAAUAUUUUUAGACCCGAGUUGGUUCUGUGACUAGGGCUUGAAUCUGAACUUCUCGCUUACCAAAAUAGCCGUCAACCUGAAUAAAGCUAUACAGGCAGCAGUUAACAUGGUGGUUCACCAAAGAGCAAGAUGCAGUUUACUAGUCUGGGCAAGCCUACCAGCCCCCCUUUCCCAAUCAGAUUUUACUACGUGUAUUUGCCUUCCCAUUGGACAACUUGUAAUCAUAACAUACUAUCCCAGCAGAUUACAGUGUACUUCACUAGCCCCGGCCAUAGAACAUCACUUUUUUGCUUCCUACAUCAGAGAGGAUUUGAACCUUUGUCCACUGUGUUCUAUAUAUAUGUCACUAUUGCACUACAUGAUUUUACAGAAGAUGGCUCUUGGCACAGUGAGCCUGUGUCCGUAAGAUUCCAGAGUAAACUGGAAUGAACCCAAGUUUUGACAAAGACCAAUUAGUGAAUAUCCAUUGACUCUGCUGGAAAGAGUGCCUUGAAGUUAGCAAACUUACCAAGGUUAAAGGUGAUACUUAAAAAGUGCCCAAAGAAAUUGCUCCACAAAGUCAUGAUGGUGUUAAAGACCAAGUUUAACAGUGAUAAGUUAACCCUUUAAGCCCCAUUAUCAACAUACAAAUUCUCCAAACUGAUCUCCAUACAUUUCCUUAAAGAAUAGUUGAGAGAAUUUGAUAAAAGAUCAGGGCAUUUUCUCUUGGGUGAUCAUUUGAUUUAUUCUCAUAACGUAUCUCUUGACAGUGUAUGGAUAUUGUUAUGAGAAAUUUGAUCUUGGUCACUGUUGGGACUUAAAGGGUUAACAGCUUGCAAAGAAAGUAGUGUCUGUUAGCCCGGGGCUAGUGGAUUUUGUUUUCAGGCUAGUGAAUUCUGUUCUUGACUUGCCUGACAGGCAAGUGAUGUUUAUUGAGGAAUUCAAAUUGAAGAAGAACUGCGAAAUAGUUCUGCUCGUCAACAAGCUUUUGAGGCUAGUUGAAAUGACAUUUGGGCUAGUAAAUGCUUGCUUCAGCUUGCCAGAAUGGCAAGCUGUAAAAAUGAUUUUCUUUGUACCCUGAUUAAAAGUGAGCAAAGAUAUUGCUUUACAAAGUCAUGAAAUUUUGCAGAUGGAUUUUUGCUAAUUGGUGCCAGUCAAAAGUUAAAAAUCCCGUGGAAGGGUGUAUUGAGAAGGGAUACAAACACAGGUGAACCUGCAGAAAAUACCUCUGUUCACAGGGGUCCUUGUACUGAGCUGUAAUCUGCUUUUCUUGCAGUCUAACCAAGCUUUGCGGCACGGUGAACUGUUGUCACGUGAACAAGUCCAGUUCCUAACACUGGGUGGUCAGGGAGAUCUGGCCGAUCCAGACAGAAAAGAUUUGAUACAAAAAGUCAAUACUCUGCUUAAGGUAAACAUUUCUUCUUGCUGUUGUUGUUGUUGUUGUUGUUGUUGUUCUUCAUUUGUUUCUUUGGCUGCGUAAUAAUGUAUAGAAUAUGGCAUAUAUUGUAAUAAUUCUAUACUUUUUUUCACACAUUGUGUUUGCAAACUUUUUGGUCAAUAUUGUUAAUGAUUGUAGAAUUACAAAAAGGAGUUUGAACGAGCACCAACACCAGAAGCAGAUAUACCAGCAGGCUUCCACAAAAACCCCAGAGGAAUAGAGCUGGCUCUUAAGGCAAGUUUAGACAUGAAAUUUAUAGAGAUUAUUAUUCUGUUCUUCAUGAAGGGAGGCCCUAUCCCAUUAAGCCCUAAGAGUGAUCAGCAUCAAAUUUCUUCUUGUGAUAUCAAUGCUUUGUAAAACAGAAUGGUCAUGAGAAUAGACCUUUCCUGCAUUACGCUCCAGUGAGCAAACAUAAAGAAAUGAGUAUGAGGCUCAGGUAGACAAUUUCAUCAAUUUCAAAUCACUGUAUUUUGCACACCCGAGCCUCAAGUUGGUGCCUUUGUUUACAGGAAUGCGGGAAAGGUCUAUUACAGACAUGAGCACACAAGAUAAAUUUGCUUGAUAUUUUAUCAACCUCUCCCCACUACUUCUGUAGGAAAUGGGGGCAACAAAUGAGAAUUCAAAUUUUGAUCUUAGGGUUUAUAUUAUUAUUAUAGAACAGAGGAAGUGUCCAUACUCUCACCAUGGAAGGUCAUGUGAGAAACAGGAACUUACUUUAACCAUCAAAGAAUCAAAGUUAUGAAUAUUAAAUUUUACUGUAACAAUACAUUUUAUAGCCUACAUCACAGACAAAACGUAACUUCUGGCUAAGUCCAUCUGUGAAUUGGCACCAAAAUCCUUGUUGUGGGCCCUACUUGUGUACCAGGAUUUGAGUAUACCCAGGAAAUUGGCCUGUUAAAAAAGCCAUUGUUAAUUUGCCAAUCAGGGGCCCAGAGCAAGGAUAUCAGCGCUGCUUUGCAGACAUUACAGUAACCACGUGUAACUGCGGUUUGAUUAUGUCUGUGACGCAGGCGUCACACUAUAAUUAGCAAUCAAAUCAAGGCUGCAAAUAAUUUUUUUUCAUAAGCAGGUCAUUUGUCAGGUCAGAGAACAGACCUGACCUGACAAGGAAACAGUCUGGUCGGACAGAGUGACAGACUAGACUAAUAUUUCUCCGGUCAAAGCGUCAAAUUUACCGGACAAUUGUCUGAUGACCGACUGUUAUUUGCAGCCUUGCAAAUUGCUACACUAUAUCUUGCUUUAAAAAUUAAUGUAAAAGUAAUCUUUCCUUUUGAUUCUACAUGUACAAUGUAUUUAUGUCAAGGGACGUUUUCUCAGCUGUUAAUCUAAAGGCAGGUCAAAUAGCUCACGGUCCAAGGUAUCAAGAGUAAACAAUGGCUUUCAUUGGCUCUCCAUUGCAAUAUCUCACCCAUUCUUGCUUUCCAGACUUUUCACCCUUAUUGGACCUUUCUACAUUAUUAGAGACUGAUGAUGAAAAGCAUAUUGACUACCUAAUUAAGCUUUCAUGGUGACAGAAGUUACAGGAUAGAGGUGGGUAUAAACGCUUAUUUUAUGACCUUUCUGCUUUUAGGGAUGCUGCAGUGAGCUUGAGGCCAUAGCAGCUGGUGGUGUUACAGAAGCCUCCACUGUUCAAGAAAUGGAACAACAGAUUCUGAAGUUAAUUCCUAAACUACAGUUAAAAAUUGGUGAGAUGCAUGUGGCAUUUAUAAAAAUAAUGAUGAUGCAAAGUCAAACUCAAGUCUCCUGUUUUUCAGUCAAGUUUUCUAACAAGCAAAAUAAAUAAUAAUGUGGUCACUUCAGGGGGCAAAGAAGGUCAGUUUUACGUCUUGCCAUUUGGGCAAAGUGUAGCUGCAUCUACAGUGUAGCGUGUACUAUCUCGAGUAAUUUAAACCAGCCCCCUAAAAAAUUUCUGAUGAGCAAUAUUGAUUACAGUUCUUCUGUAAUGAUUGAAUUCCCUGAGAACUUCAGUUUCACUUGUCCAUCAGGCAAGUAAAGAACAAAAUUUCUCAGCAAAAUUCAAUAUCCCCGGGCUAUCAGACAUGCCUUUCUCUGCACACUGCACUUGAUAUUAGUUUCCUUAAUAAAUAGUGUUGUUUGAUAAUCUUCCUAGGUUAUGUCAUAACUGAAGUGUGUUCUUCUCCAAGUAAAGCAAACGAUAAUUUCAAGUCUAAAAUGGUAAUUAGAGUCUUUAUUAUUGUCUUUAUUCAUAUUACAACAGAAAUAAAUAAUUAUUUUAAACUUCAGGUUUGCCUAUAUUGCCUCAGAAGUUUUCACUGUUGAUACAGUGGUGGAAAUUAAAGCAAACAAUUUAAAUGUUGAUUAAUCCAGUCCUAGAAAGUCUGAAAAGUCAAUAGUCAUGAGAAGUUACUUGUAGAUCUUUGCAUGCAGUUUGUCCAUUCAAUGAACCGAUGAAACAACCCUGGGAAAGGAUUUGUCGGUUCAUUUGAUGUACCACUGUUAUCCAAUUGAUUUUGGAUCACUGAUCCUGAUCCUGAUCUGGAACAUCCAAAGAAAUGCACCCCUAUUGUUUGACAUAGCGAAUCUGUAAUAUUUUCUUUCUGAGCAGCACUGCAUUAGAGACCUCGUUAGUUCAGUGGCCAAACAGAAUGACAUUCCACUUAACCGUGAGACCCUGGACAUGUUUGUACUGAUGGUGUUGUAUGAAGCGUGUUCUCCAGUGUCCAGCUCUGCAGCAAAGGCUGCUGUGCAGCUUCUCUUUGGCAGAGCCCACCUGGUGAGUAAACAUUGAUUGUUCUGGUACUGACAACUAAGAGAAGAAAGUUUACUUUGAAAUAAUGAAUACCAUAUUUCCUUGAAUAAGCACCCAUGCUCUAAUAAGUGCCCUCCCCCAAUAAGCACCCACUCCCUUGGCCAUAAUAUCAGACAAGCGUCCCCAUGAAUAAGGGCCCCCUCCCCCUCCCCUCACUUUCUUAAAUAGUAGGGAUAAAAGAGGAAUGAGGAGAUUUCCAUAUCAUUGACAAGGAUGAUCUCAAGGAUGAUGAGAAAAUCAAUACUUUAUAAACAUGUGUACAGUGUUUAAUGAGACUAAGGUACACUUGAUUACAACUACUGCUUUAAUAAAUGAAGGACUAUUUAAUAUUAACUUUAUGUUUUUAGCCCAAAGAAAGUUAUGCUUCAUCGGAAGGAAAACUUAAUAAGCGCCCCUGCCCCCCCUCCCCUGCCUCAAUUACACGUAGGCAUUUUCCUUCCAAUAAAUGCCUCUCUUUUUAGCUGUGAUUUUAAAUAAGCACCUGAUGCUUAUUCAAUGAAAUACAGUGUAUGAAAAUCAAUGACCUACUGUCAGUUGUCUUGUUAGCUCAACUAAAAAAGUGUUGUACCAGUAAAACAGAGUUCAAUAACAAUAACAAUAACAAUAAAAUGGAAAAGUGCUGUACUGGUAUCAAUGAAGCCAUGGGUUCAACUCCCAUACAAGGUUGAAUUUUCAAACUUUCUUUUCACAACUGCCAAAGUUGCGUCUAUAACUACGGUGAUCUUAUUUCAUUUAAUGAGGUUCACUUUAUAGGGAUAACUACAUUACUAGUGACUAAGAAGAAUAAAUUGUGGCUACAAACAAUUAUUAUUAUCAAAUAAAACAUAAGUAAGAAUUUCAACUGGCAGGAGGUGAAACGUUUACUUAUUUGGCUGAGGAGUCGACAUCGUGUUCUACAAAGAAAAUUCUCAGCUGAAGUAGCUAGAGUAAGGUUUGAACCUUUGAGACCAAGGUCAAAUCCAGCAGCUUAACCAGUCAUUCUUCCUAUUUCAUGUUAUGUGCUGCUGACUGUUGUCUCCACUUAAUUGUUAUUAACCAGUAAAUGAAAGUAGUUAUAAUCAGAAUAGAUCAUAGAUUGUACUAUUUUUUUUGUAUGAUAUUGUACUUUUUGUUUGCUGUGAUAGGUGACCGCAAAACCAAGUAGAGAUAAAAACACUCGGCUGGCCCAAGUGUAUGUUAAAGGAACAUCUAUUCAUGUUGAAGUCUCCACUACAUGGUAUGUGCACAGAUGUAUAAAAUUGUUUCUUUAAAAUUUUGUUGCAUUAUAAGACAAGCACAAAAAAGAAAGGGAGCCACGACAGAAAUUUAAAUAUGGGCUGCUCCCAAAUUGUUGUAAUGAAGUGAAAUUAAGGAUUAUCUCAGAUAAAGAAAGAAAUUUGGGAAUCUGAAAACAAGUAUUAUCCCCAAGGGAAUGUUCCAGACUCAGCAGUGACUAUAUCAGUUGGAAGAGAGUUCUUUCACCACCACACUGUUCCCGCAUCGAAUCCUCUUUUGAUGAAUAUACAGUAGAAGGGAUUGUCUUAGUUUUGUUCUUGGUUUAUGUUAAGAGCGACUGUCUGUAAAUAUCGACCAAAAUCGACUUUUUGUGGCACAAGUUCAAAAUUCGAAUUUCGCUCAUUUUUGGCUCAUCGAUAACCCUUAAUGAGUAAUGAAACAUGCUGUAGUUAGUUUUCCCAAAUAAGGAAUUUUUUUGUUAAAAUUCGAGAAAACUCAUUUUGCCCGUUCGGAGCUCAAAAUCCACUUCCGGUAAAGCAAAAUUUUACACAAAGUCCAUUGACUCGUACGUCAAACCACAACGAUUUGGCAGCCUUUGUAGAACACGAAUAGUUUUUAUGACCCCUUCUUUCUUAUAAGACGAUAAAUUUGUGAAAGCUGUAAUAAUUUUGUGGCCAAAAAGGUAUUGUUAAAAAUAGGCCCUAUUGGCAAUUUCUGACGUUCAAAAUUAUAGGGUUAAAAUAAUGUAAAUUUUUACAAUGCGCUAUAACUUAGAAUUUCGCAAAUUGACUUUCUACUGCUUAACUAGGCCCCAAUAUAUCAGAAAAUCGAAACAAAUCUCUGGGCAAACGAUUUUAAGUAGCCCGCAAGACGUCGAGUUCAACCCUAAUUUUGCGAAAAAUCGCGACAUUCCAGUGGUUAAAAAUAGCGUGACACGGCCCGUCACGCCAGCGGUGUUAACGACAGAUUCACUUUCAACAUUCUAUUUAACGCUGAUCACAUGCCAAAUUCCAGCCUACAAUCUAUAUUACAUCUUUCAAUACACUUAUUUUAUUUAGAAGAGUCAUUUUGUUUGGAUACAAUAUAUCGUGUAGAAUUGCCCAAAAGUCGGCUUUUUUGAGCGACGUCGGCAAGACUUCGACGACCGGAGCCCAACGAAAACAAACUUUAAACAAGUACAGUGGUGUGUUUUAUUAAUUUAAACAUGCGUCAAAAGGCAUAAAUACGUUAAAUUUAAGACGGGGAUAACCAAUAUUAACUAAUUAGAACUCUUUUUUUUUCUUGCGAGUUUUCUCUUUCAAGUAAUUAUGUAUAAGUAUAAAUGUACGUUUCGAUGUAUUACUAUCACGCUUAUAAAGUUACAUUAUAACGAACGUUUCAGAAAACAUUUUAACUCGUUUCGAUCGACGAUGAAACACCAUCAUCAAAAACAAAUCACCAAAAACUUUCCUCUACAGCAAAACGGAAAAUAGAAAAAAAAAGUGUCGUUUUACUAAUGCUAAAGCAGGAAUAGUUGCAGCGAGAUCAUGAGCUUUUAAAAAUGGCAAAUGCUCCUAAAUGGACAUCUAUAGAUCCCUUGCAUCACCAUUGGAAAAAAAACUCUCUGGCCCACUAUGAACUAGCCUAUUCCAGGCGUAGUGGACAGUGGAUAGUGGAUAGUGGAUGACAGUGGCGCGAAAUGGGGAACGGAGGAAAACAAACGUGGAAGAGAGUAAGAGGGAGAGAGUAGGAGGACCUUUCGCCCUCUCUCCCUAACCCCGCCCCUUCGCCAUUUUUUCUAGCCCACUUUUCUUUGCGUUUUCCCAACUACCUUAAGGCCAGUUACAGGUUAACUACCUCCUUCAUUUACAAAUUUUUAUGUUAUAUACCGUAUUUAUUCGAUUAACCACCCUGGGCACUUAUUAAAUUUUUGGACCUUGAGAGUGGGCGCUUAUUCGAGGUGGGUGCUUAUUCGAGGCUGGGUGCUUAUUAAAUUUUCGCCAUUCUCAGCAAGUGUAGUAUGUUAGUUUUGCAACAAAACAAUAAAUGGUAAUAACAAAAAGCGGAGAUGUAACAAAGCAAGGUUUCUGUUAAAUGCUCUGAAGAAAACUCCGUCUUCGGGAGGGUCUCUUUAUUACUUAUUAUCUCUUAUUUGAGUUUGUGUGCGAGGGAGUGGGGUGGGGGUGGGCGCUUUGGGGUCUAUUAACUUUGCUGCCUUUAGGAUGGGCGCUUAUUCGAGGUGGGCGCUAAUUCGAGGUUGGGCGCUUAUUCGAAGAAAUGCGGUAUUUAACUUGAGCGUCGAGCACUUUUGGCGCUCGUUAUUGAUCAGCAGGAACGGAUUUGGUAGUACUAACUUUUCAACUGCUUUUAGACUGCGAAACUUUUUUUUUUCUUGUUUCUUUCUUUUGUUUUUUCUUUGUCAUUUUCUAUUGUAUUUUUUAGACUUAUUUUUCGAUUCUAUCCCCAGUCUCACUCACCUCUCCCCUCCCCCGCCGUGCCCCCUCUGCUCCAGACAAGAAGGAACGACCAUUUUGUUUUGGUCCAGACCAUUACCUCGACUAUUCCGCCUUCUUGGCUUACGCAAAAAGUACGGGCUGCUUUGUGGCCUGAAAGACUUUGCACUGAUUGACGUUUUAGUGUCAUGGAAACUCUAGCUGUAAUACUGAACUGCAGAUGACAGGUUAAAAGACUGAAAGUUCCUUUCAACAGCGAUUGGAAAGAGAACAUCGUCUUUUCCGCAAAAAAAUAAAACAACAACAACAACAAAUAUAAAAAUAGGGAAACAAAAUAGAGUAUAAUACUAAACCUAAGAAGAACCUUGUAACGAACGAAUGGGAACACCUAAAAAGGAAAGACAGACUUGAGGACUUUCCUCAUCCUCCGUAACCUUAGUCCAUGAAACUUAGACGCCCAAGCAGGCCUCCAAAACCUUACCUUUGUCUUUAUCACAAACCGAAUACUAGAAGACUGAAAACCCUACGGAUUUAGAAUUAUUUGCAGCCGGCCCUCAAAACCCCAAGAGACUUCGCCUGCUGCUGGUCAAUAUAUAGGAAGGCUAUUCCAAAGAACUGCUCCAAAAAAACUAUUUUUCUUAACAUUUGUCUGGGGUAGAGGAAUAGCGAGUUUUCUGUUGGUGUCUCUUAAUAAGUAAUUAGAGAUGUUGCAACGAUCUGCCCUUGCUACGAUCUAUUAUGCACUUAACAAGGCCCCUCAAAGUACUUAAGAUAUAUGACGCAUAGUCUGCGAUACACCCGCCUCUCACUGCUCUUUGACGAAAUGUCUCUGGCGACAAAUAGCGAUGAGAGGAAGCUUUAUCGCAGGCUCUUGGCAUCAAGGCUUUUCUACUAUUUACAUUGGUAAACCGGUCGCUUCACGGUUUGGGCAGUUGGUGAGGAGAAUUCAGGACUGAUUAAUUUUGAUUCCGUUCGCUAAUCGCGUUUACCAUUUUCCUAAGUCAGUUUCGUUUAAUGAAAAACGGCCGCGAAAGCCUGAAACUAAUAUUCAAAAAAGGUUUGAAGACAUGAAAUCCGAACUUCCGCCUGGAAGUUUCCAACCAAGAAAAUAGGCGAUUGCCUUUUCAGACGUUCGUUUGUUUCGGGAAUUUUCCACUGAAAUGUGGAAAGCAACCCGAAACUAAGUUUUUUUUCAGUCUUGAGAGCCCGAAAGGGUAAAAACUUCGAAAAGAACUAUUCCACCAAUACUUAGUCUAAAAUAUUUUUACGCUUUAAAAUUGCUUCAAGGAAAUUAGUUUUUAUAAACCAAAUGGCAUUGAUUGGCGAUGAUUUAAUUCCCAAAUAUCUCUCAAUGCAAAAAUUCAUUCAGUAAUCAGUUAUAGUUUUUAGAUUUUGUUCUGUUUAUAUACCAUUUUUUGAGGGAAAUCGCCAGUCUGAAACUGAACAUGAAAGUGUGUGACGCUAUCCCAGGGACCCUAAAUGUUGAAUCUGAAGAAAAUGCUGCAAUCAAUGAGAAUAAUAGGUUUACUGAAAGAUUUAAUUUCGAACUGGCUUUUAAUCUGCCUUUAAGUAAAUUGUUUAAAACAUAUCUAUCGGUAACACUGGCGUGACGGGCCGUGUAACGCUAUUUUUAACCACGGCAAUGUCGCGUUUUUUUUGCAAAAUUAGGGUUGAACUCAACGUCUUGCGGGCUACUUAAAAUUGUUUGCCCAGAGAUUUGUUUCGAUUUUCUGAUAGACUGGGGCCUAGUUAAGCAGUAGAAAGUCAAUUUGCGGAAUUUUAAGUUAUAGCGCAUUGUAAAAAUUUGCAUUAUUUUAUCCCUAUAAUUUUGAACGGCAGAAAUUGUCAAUAGUGCCUAUUUUUAACAAUACCUUUUUGGCCACAAAAUUAUUACAGCUUUCACAAAUUUAUCGCCUUAUAAUAAAGAAAGGGUCAUAAAAACUAUUCGUGUUCUUCAAAGGCUGCCAAAUCGUUGUGGUUUGACGUACGAGUCAAUAGAAUUUGUGUAAAAUUUCGCUUUACCGGAAGUGGAUUUUGAGCUCCGAACGGGCAAAAUGAGUUUUCUCGAAUUUUUCACAAAAGAAUUCCUUAUUUGGGAAAACUAACUACAGCGUGUUUCAUUACUCAUUAAGGGUUAUCGAUGAACCAAAUAUGAGCGAAAUCAAAUUUUCAACUUGUGCCGACCGUGGGUCGAUAUUUACGGAAAGCCACUCUUAAGAAUGCUUACUUUGCUCUUAAAUUUUACAUCAUCUGCUGUGUCCAGUAAAUUAAUGCUGAUAAUAUGAAUUCAAAUGUUAUUGUUAAAGAAGUGAAAUUGCCCUUGACUUCUUUCCAGCUAGGAAAUAUUAUUGUGCUGUUAACUGUUUAUCAAAAUUAAUGUGUUGCUAUAACUUUGUUAUUGUUGUAUAGGGUCAUCACAGAAGAUGCUUCUACUUUUUCCUGUCUUUCAAAAGAUUUGGACUUCCCUUCUCCUCUGGGAACAGUUGAUGCUUUGUACACAUCCAAGUUUAGUUUGAUGGAUUAUUUGGAGGACAAGUAAGUGAUGUCUUUGUGACAGAAGGUGCAAACUAGCUUGAGCUCUUUGUGGGUUGUUUGGACUUGAAAAAGAAUAAUUUCAGCUAGUCCUUAGGAUAAGCAGCAAUCAAAUUUGCUUGCCCAGGACAAAAAAUGUACUUGUCCCGGAUGACUGGACAAAAGGUUUGUUUAAGUUCUGUUGCUAUUGUCAGUACUGUAAAUGAAAAAAACAUUAUGUCGUUUGUUGUUGUUACCAUGUGGAAGUUUCCAGACUUGAUGUUAUUGCAGCUUUAUGUCUUGUGGAGGUUAAUUUGUUCCUUAGGUCAUUUUUUUUUGCAGCCUCAGUCACUUUAUUAAUUUUCAACUUGGGCGGGUUAGUUCCAAACCAGUUUAAUUAGGUCUUAAGCUGUUUUUUGUCAUCAUUCCACAAAUUAUAGGUUAUUACAUUUUAAAUUGCCUGAAGGAAAAGUUAAUCAAUUUAAGCAAGGUCUUGUUAUUGUUAGUAAUAGUUAUUAAUUAUAGGGGGUUAGCAUAAUUUAUUCUUGUUACUGACAGAACUGUUCAAAAGUAAGUCGACAGUCUUGCCUCGUGACUCAAUACUCGAUUCUUGCAUCUGUGUCUUGUGUUUUUUGAGAUGCAAGAAUUAUAGUAGAAGUCCCAAUUUUUGCAUUUCAAGUUUUGAGAAACCAGCCUUUUUAAAUAUUUCUCUCACGAAAGGAUUGUACAUGUACCUUUGGGUAAUAAUGAGUUGUUUAAUUUUUCAGAGAAAGGCCUCUACCUGCCAUUCAUAUCAAACAGCGCAACCGAUCCAAGUCCCCGCCCCUGUUAACAAAACUUGACACUUCUCCAUGCCACAAGCACAAAAGUUUUCGAAAGACCUUCACAAAAGCCACAUCCAAGAUAUUCUCACGAAAGUCGGUGGCUGCUAAAGCAGCUAAUAACUCAAAUGCUGUAGCUGAUCCAGCCAGUCAAAAUGCUGUUUCUGGAACAGGAACAAGAAAUGAAUCAUCAGGUACUUGUGUGAUUUUGUAGUUUUAGAGUCCUGUUUCUUCACCAUAUUACUUUUUCACUUGCCCUGACUUACCAAAUUGCCUUUGCGGCAUUGUUGUGGUAGAAAUUGUGUGUGAAAGGUGAGCAGUGUAAGUUUCCUGUUAGGGAAAGUUCAUUCUGAGUAAACCCUUUGAUCUUUAAUCCCUUCAAUGAUAAUCAAGAGUAGGAAAUUAGAAUCAAUAAAAUAAUCACCAAAGGGAAAAUGCUUUGAUCUUUUAUAAAAUUCUUGUAACUCAUUCUGUAUGUAAAUGUAUGCAGAUCAGUCUAGAGAAUUUGUUAAUCUUGGGUUGUUUAUAGUGGCAUUUAGUGGUAGUUGAGGCGUGGUUUCUUAAUUUGAGUCAGCUAUGACUUGAUACAGGCGAACCUUUAAUUUUUUGUGAGUUGGUGUCAAGUGCAGGCCUUUCAUUUUUUGACACUAGCGCUUGUUUAAUGCCACAUGGUCGAUCUCUCAUAAGUUCUUAAAAGUGAGUAAGGCGAGCUUCAAUGCAUGAGGUCGCAGAGCAACCAAAUGACCGAAGAAGUCCCGAGGUCAACUUGUUUCACCUGAAUGGAUUUGAAUCAUAUUAUAAAUUCACACGGGAAAAAUAAUGAUUGACAUAUUGCUGUGUCAGGAGCGGCAUGAAAUAUCACUCACUGUCCUAUUGGUCAAUUGCCAUGACGUAACUAAUAGAAUUUUUGACUGAUGAAUUUCGCACAAACAGGUAUGUAACCAACCAGGAAAAAAAAUGAAGGACUUCUAGAACAUCUAGCCACAUGGUGUGCAUUUUGCUUUACCUGUGUGGGCUGCCUUUGACUCCCUUUGCAGGGUAAAGCGUGUGGCUCUGUAGGCUGCAAGUGUCUUCAUAGGUUGCUAGUGACUGUGGGUGGUUGGUGAUAAUGUGAUGGAUGUGGGCUGUGCAGAUAAGUGGUGAUGAAACAAAUAGGUUAUUGCUAUGUGGGUUACCUGUGGCUGUAUUUGUAGGCUUGUGUUGGUUUGUUGGUACCUGUGACUGAUAUGCAAAAUGACUGCGUACCUUACAUUCAUUGCAAUUAAAAUCAUUAAUAUUUUAUUCCCCAGGUAAUCGCACAUCUGUAGCCUCCAGCACCGAUACAGGUGAUGAUCAUGACACUGACAUUGAUGACCCUACGCCCCUUCCUCCACCACGCCCAAGGCGCUGGGCCAAAAAAGCAAAGGAACAGUCUAUGGCACCAGAUAACAAUACCUCUAGCUCAAGUAAGGUGGUGGAAGAGCAGACUAAAACUGACGACCCACCAUCACCCAGUGACUGGUCUAGAUCUGUGCCUCAGUUUCCUCUGCCAACUUUUAAACCAACCAUGCAAAGUAAGUAAUAUGUGACAAGAGAACUUAUUAAUUCUUAAAAUGUACACUAGAUAAUUCCUGUUUUUUGUAUGAUAAUCACAGCCAAUUUUAGGAAUGCUAACAUCACCCUUACCUAAACGCAGGAUCUGCCACUUUAGCAAGCCUGUAGAGUAGGAGAGUUGUCAUUAACAAGCUGACCAAUGCAAGUGACGCAAAGUCAAACACAACUUUUCUCUUGGGAACAGGAUAAACAGUCCUGCUUAAAGAAGUGUAUUCGUCUCAUUCAAUAAAUUUUGAAGUUGUCACUCUAAUUUUAUUUUUCCUCAGUUUGUCAAAGUGAGCUGUCACUUGCUUCUCAAGAGGAACUCACAGAGGUUAUUAACUUCCUUUCUGGUGCACCCAUCAAGUUGCGGCUAUUGAACGAAGAUGAUGUCAAUCCCAGCAUGGCAGAAAGUCACAUGACUCCUAUUGAUAGUGGCCUUGGGAGUAUUUAUAGUAUGGCUAUGAGCAAUGUCACACAACCUAGCAGUGCUCUGACGCAAGUAUGUGACAAGGUUGACGACAGUGCUAAGGAUAAUCAAGAAGUGAUGCCAUCAACUAGCUCUUCCGAAACCACAGAAAACCCUCCAGUUGCUGUUAACACUGCAGAAGAUUCUUCUAAAGAAUUCAAACUACCAAAAACCCACAUGGUUACCAUAGAGACACAGACUUCUCCAACAACUGAAGUGAGCCCCACUUUCUUUGUUAAACCUGCUGACACUGAUGAGAAAGAGCUAUGCACAGAGACACCAGCAGCAUCUGCUGAGAAACAAGACAACCAACCUCUGCCAGAAGAUAAAGUUAACGGAGGUGACGAAAGUAAAACCGAUCGUGAUAGUGAUGAGAAAGACAAGGAUGCUAUUCUUCAAGAAUCACCACCAUCAUCUUUGAUACAAGUGAAGGAUGGUGCAACUAGUGGUAGUGACGUGAUUCCCGAGAAUGUACCAGAGAAAGAAACAGCAAAGUUAAGAGUUGAUGAUAAGCAGACCAACCCAAAUAAAACAACCAGCCCUGUGCUUGUCACAGUCAGCUCAGAAGAAGGCACUGAUGGCAAAAUUUCCAUUAGUGAAAGCCUUAGGUAAGGCGGACAUGAAUUUACAGGAAAGUGUGUUGCGCAUUCAGAGUUGCUGUUUUGCAUACUAACAGGGUUCGCCACACUUUGAAAGUUCUUGAAUUUUAAAAUGAAAAUUCAAGGCCUUGAAAGCCCUUGAAAAUUGCAGUUGUUGCUGGAAGUCCUUGAAUUUCGGUGCUAACUUUAUCCAACCCAAAGGAAAAGGAGCAAACACAGAAAGAAGUUCAGGAUAAAAUUGCUGGUGUUGUGGAAGAACUAAAAAGGACAUAGACUCAAGGCUCUUUUUUGCACUGAAUGGAGAAAAAUAUGGGAGAUGUGUCCUUGAAAGUUCUUGAAAAGUCUUGGAAUUUUUUGUUCAAAAAAGGGUACGAUCCCUGUACUAAACCAAUUGUUUGUUUGACCUUCUCAUUGCUAUCGCCAUGUUAUUUUCAUAGGUCCCCACUGAUUUUUAAAAAAAACAUUCAUGUUAGUGCAGCUGUAUAAUAUUAAAGAAAAAGCAUUUAAGAUGGCACAACUCAAGUCACUGCACCCAGUAAUCAAUUGCUACAGUUAAACUGCUAAUUACCAAAACAAUUUUGUUCUAAAAGGAAUGUGUGGGAGAAAACCAGCGUCCCUGUAGAUGCUUCUGAUCCUGGUAACAGCAAUUCAGAAGGCUCGUCACUCCGCAAAAAAGACAUUCAUGGCUCCCAGGACACUCUUUACCACAGCUGUUGGUCCCUGUCGGAUUUCCCUGGUAGCGACAAAAAUGAAGAAGCCGAUGAAGAUGCUAAGAGUCUGAAUGAAAGCUUACUACCAAGUAAUUCAGGCCCAGGGCUUCUUGACCUUGGAUUAAAGUGGCCAAGUUAUGGUAGCAGUAUCCAUGGCAACCCUGUGUGGGCCAAUUUUCCCAGUGUAAGAACUUUGCUGUGUUAUAAUUUUAUUUUACUGCAGUAAUGAUAAUGGUUGUACAGCUGCUAGUCGAUAGAGCUCCUUAGAUUUGAGGGCAAGAACGAGUUCGAGUACGAGAUUUAACUGAAAGUUUUUGCGAGUGUUCUAAAAAAAAACACCCCGGAAAGCUUCUUUUUUAUUUUUUCCUUUUUUUUUUUCACCAAAAUAGUUAGUACGGUUAUUGAUUCUGAAGGAGGUUAAGUCCUCUCCCGAUAGCAAAAUGAUAAAACUGCUUACAUUUGUUCCCGCCAGUAUGACAUUCUUCCUAAAACUCGUAGUAAAAUGACGACGGCUAUCACGUUUUCCCGCCAAAAUGAAGCUGGUUCACGCGUGAGCAAUACUCAGUAUUGAGAAAAUCUCGUACUCGUAGUCGUCCUCGUCUCAGAAUCUUAAGUCCUCUUGUCUGUGUUAACUGGGGGGAAAAUGUCCUGCUCCAAUACUCCUAGGGGUAAUGACUUGAAGAGGCUGUUUCACAAACGUUUUUAAAAUUCAAACAGCGGGAAGUGCUGAGCCGCCCGUAACCGUCCGUACGGACUCACUUCCCCUCUACCGCUUGUGACGUCAACAGUUUUAAUGGUCAAGGAAAACUUUAUCCGCCAACUUGUGCAGAGUGAAGAGAUCUUUCAAACCAUACCAGGAUAAGCACGAUUCAAUCAAGGACACCGAAGAAAAAGGCGAAAAACCAUGUAACAUUGACCGGAAAAUUUCCUUGAAAUCUUGUUCCAGUAGUGUACCCACCUACCUUUUCUUUCCUCUAAUCCUAAGAUUCUGAGAGCGUUCUCCAAAACUUUUCUCACCAAAAUGAAGCGUACUAAAUCCUCAGCAAAAGAAAAAAAUGCGGCAAGAAAAGCGAAAAGUAAAAGUCAAUGAAUCAAACAGAAAUUUUGCUUUCUGCGCAUGCCCGAACUACGCAAGCUAAGAUUUUGCAUUUUGUAGAUCAAACGGCUGCGGAGUUAACGACCUGUAAACGACUUUGUGGUACGUUGUGGCUCUUUAUAGCACGACAAUGAUCAGAAAACCGCUCAUCUAGCUUCAAAACGCGUCUUCAGCAAAAUUUCCAGGGGCUAAUGGGUUAAAUUUGUUUCGCAUGGCAUGCAAUGCAGUGCUUAUAUCGUGCGCAUAUUAUUGGUAAUUGCCGACAUUUGGCGACGCUACCACUGGUUUCCCAGCCAAAUGACGUCUGAGAAACGAGCGCAGGAAUUCCAUACUGAUGACGCGUCACUACCCAGAUCUGGGUCGUGCUUCUGAUUUGGUCGUGCCGCGUGGGAAAUUCGAUUCAACCAAUCAGAAGCACUACCCAGAUCUGGAUAGUGACGCGUCAUCAGUAUGGAAUUUCUGCGCUUGUUCCUCAGCGGUCAUUUCGCGGGGAAACCACUGGUGGCGUCGCGAAAUGUCGGCUGUUUUCUCAGGCUAACACAUAGGCUCCCUACACCGGAUUCUUAAAGAAAAUUGCGUUGUCUGAUUUGCAGGGCCAAGGAGGCAAUUGGAACCAGUCUCAUGAGUCUCUCAACAAGGACGGAUCAGGCAGGGGCAAGACUGUGUUCUCAUUAGGACUGGGUAUCACUGGACCUGAUAUGCUUGCUGCUGCUAGAGGAGGAAGGUACAUAACAUAGCUAUGCCUAAAUUAUCGUAAACUGCUAUAUUACCCCCUCCCCUCCCAGCUUAUAAACCCUUCCAGUUGUAGAACCAUCUACGCGCAGACAAAAAAAUACAUCCGAUUAUAACGAUUACAAGCCCCCCCCCCCCCCCCCCCCCCCUUACAUCACUUUCCUCUUAUUUUUUUGCUAAUAGUCGUAACUCCUUCUUGUCUCUUACUGAAAGCAAGUAGAACUAGAUAAUAUAAACAAAAUUAGGAGAACACACAUCGCCACCCAAACAACACCCCCUCACUCGCUGCCUUCUGACCCCUCCAAUACCAAAAAAUGUUUUUUUUUUUUUAAGAACUGUGCCCCCACCCAGCUCUCACCCUUCCCCACACCGUACCCCUCCUCCCCCCCACUGUUGAGAACCCUCCUCGCCGACAAAAAAAAACAUCCCAGUAGUAUAUAUUCAACCCCCCCCCCCCCCCCCGGAUAUUAUUAGAAUAUCUCUUACUCUAGAUAAUGCUUGUCAUGACCAAGUUUUUGGCUUCAUGAAAGAAUCAAGCUUGCUAAUAAAAAUCUUUGGUUUGUUUUUAAGCUGUGAUGCAGUACACAGUGGACAUUUUCCUUCCACGCCAACUGUUGGAAAACCUUGGAGUACUGAGGACCUUGCGCAAAAGGUAAUAGGUUUUGAAAGGGAAUUUGUCUGAUCAUUGAUUUGAAGGAAAAACGUAAAGGAGUUGUGUCACGAAAUUUGUUCAUAUUCAAAAAGUGAGAACUGCCACCAAACUGAGUAAAACUUAAAAAUAACUGCUGAAAACAUUAAACGAAGGUACAAAUAAUACAGCAAAUACAAGAGGAGGCAUGGAUGGUCUGAACUUGUGGAAGAUUGAAACGGAUUGCGAUCUAAUAUUGUCAUUCACAAGUAAUAUCUCAAGUUCCACAGCGAAUAAGGAUGCGUAAUUGGCAUUAUAUACAAAAGUGAACUAGACAGCUGUGACACAGCCCCUGUAACUGUUGUUCCGAGAUGUCAUGCAAAGUUUUCUGAUCAGUGUUUUGUCAUAUGAUUUAUCAAAUACCUCACUAUGUUGUCAUUGCACGUACUUACCCGUAGUUUGUUGUUGAUUCUCUCCUUUGCUCCGAGAGGUUUUUCUCCGGAUACUCCAGGUUUCCCCUUUCCUCAAAAACCAACAUUUCCAAAUUCCAAUUCGACCAGGAAUCAGGUAGACGAAGAACCACUUUGUGGAUGUGCUACCUCCGAAUCAUUAUCUAUUUAUUUUAUUAUUUUAUUUAUUUUACUUACCCCUGACUGGUUGAAGAACUUUCAUAUAUUAGACUACGAGGUAUUUGUGGGUUUUGUUUUCUCAUAGUUAUUAGAGGAGACUGGAUAUAAAAAGCGGCAAACAUCAAUGAUAAAAACAACAGUGCUGCAGUUUAUGUUGGAAGCACCCUGAAAGUGCACAAUCCUUUGUUUUCUGUUGGCAAAUUGUCACGGAAUGAAUUAAUGCAACGUUUUUAUUGGUCAAUACAAUCAAAAUGAUAGGAAUUCUUUUGAAUGUUGUGCACUUUCAGGUCCACAAAAACAUAUAACAAAGGAGUCUGACGGGUUUCAUAACCAUUCCACUUAAUUAACUAUGGUUUUCUUUAUCUUCUCUGACGUCAAUAGAGCAAUUGAACCUAGCUUAAUUUUUUUUCCAGCAAUUCAUCAAGGUAAGUGGGGUGCUGUACCUGCAGUGUUAAGCGAAUAGCGAAUAAUCCGUUGUCAUGUAAACCUUAUAGGGUGUCCAUUUUGUUGUUAAGGACGAAAUAAUAUAGAUACUUUUGUUUCCUGUGGUUGUUUUUAGAUUCCUUGGUCAGCGCGAGACUCUUCUCCACCCCCACUGUGGGCCAAGACCACAUCUUUAACAGAAGACACCUUGAGGCCAUCUCAUCACCGAGCCCCCCUCCCACCGCAACACUACAGUGAUCCUUUUCUUCCGAGGGAGAACUGGUGGCCAGGCCAUGGUAGGUCUGCAGCUCCCACAGGAUACCCACACCCUGCUUAUGCUCGGUACCAGUCCACCUUGCAACGUCAGCGAGCAUUUGAUAACAUGCAGUAUGGAAUGCCUGGUGGUUUACAGAGAAACCGUGGUAUGAUAGGUGGGCAGUCAGCAUUUCAACCGGUUCAAGCAGGUUUUCGCAAGCACGGUCAGCAAAUCCUACCAGGUCAUUUGCAAGUGCCUCCCCACUACACAACAGGACAUGGAUCUCAUCACAACUCAAACCCGCGAUUUUAAGAAUGGCAGGAAGUAAGGAGAUGCUAUGUACUCAAGGGGGUUGUAGGUUUUGUGUAUAGCUUGAUAGUUCAUUUUUGUCGACAAACGAAAGCAAUUAGAGACUUUAGGUUCGAGAAAGAGUACGACUACGAGUACGAGAUUUGACGGAACAUUUUUUCGCGUAUUCUCAAAAUAUAGACACCCCGGAAAGCUUCAUUGUACUUUUGAUUUACCAGAUAGGUUAGGACUGUUAUCUUUAUGGAAGGAAGUUAAGCCCUCUCCCGAUUGCAAAAUGAUUUGAUGACUUGUUUCCGCUACCACGACAUUCUCGCUAAAACUCGUCGUAGAAUGCGACGGCUAUCACGUUUUUCCGCCAAAAUGAAGCUUGUUCACACGCGCGAGCACUACUUAGUAUUGCGAAAAUCUCGUUCUCGUGGUCGUUCUCGUCUUAGAAUCUAAAUGUUUCUAUCGAUUUGACUACUUUCGUGGUACCAGUUGCCUCUUAGCUUGGAAAAGUUUCUGUGUGGGAAAUAAGGCGAUUGGUGUCUUGAUGUUGUCAACUGGAUCAUUUUCCCCUUAUUAUGGAAAUAGUGAGCUACAGUUGAUUUAAAUAAGAUGUUACAGCCACAGAGUACAGGCAAUGUCAACCUCCCAAGCAGACUUUGUUUUGGCUGAUCACGCAAUCCUACCCUUCGUGGAGAAGGAACGCGUCACGCAAAUAGAAGUGCGUGACCAGCCAAGAGAAUGUCUGCAUUUUUUUUAACAAUUUGGCUUUGGUAGUAAGCUGAAUUCUGUCUUUUGCACGUGCCGAAAAUGGCCGGUUAGAAUUAGAAAAUAGAAAUAUUACAGUUUACUGUGAAAUACUAUAACAUGACUGUAAGUAUUCAAAAUGUUGUCAACUGUUUGAAAAGAAGUUUACUGAUCUCAGAUUAAUAAUUGACUGCCAGUUGUUAACCGGAAGUUGAACGUUUUGAAAAAUCUUAGUAAUAGUUGAAUCGUAGUUGAAUGCUUCCAUUUUAAGUAGUUUAGUCUGUGAGAUUACCAAAAGACGUCAUAAAGUUAACAUAAAGUAAAAUUCCGUUAUUUUUGGAAAGCAUAAGUCAAACGGAUGACAUAUAGAGAUAAACCGAUUUUUUAUCAUUUUAAUGUCUAAACAUUAGUUACUUCAUUGGCUUUUGUGUACGGCUUUUUAGAGUGCUUUUGUUUGUAGCAGUCUGAUACUAUGACCUUGAAGCAAGGGAGAGUGGAGAAGGUUAAAAAGCAUAUCAAACAUAUAUUUUGCCAACCUUGUCCCCAGGGAAAGGCCCUGGGGACGAGCUUGACAUGUUACAAAACUAUAGUAUUUUCUUAAACAUGAUUAAGAGGGAGAGUAACGGUAAUUCUUGAUGAUUUUGCUUGUUUUGGGUAAGUACUGGCUUGAAACUAUUGGUUGGAGAGAGACACAAUUUUUUGACCAUGUGAUAGCUACCUAACAAAUUUAGAUUGAAGGAGCUGUGUCACAAAAUUCAGACAAAUUAGGUAAUUACAAAACGCCCGUUAAAUUAAGAGAAACAUAAAAAUAACCACUUAAAACAUUAGGAAGGUUAAAAUAACACAACAGAAACAACAGAUUCCACGGAUGGGCAAAACUGAAGAAGAUUGAAUUGGAUUGAAAUUAGGUUUUUUGAAAACUGUUGUUCAGCCUAACAGUUUUUCAAAGUUGAUCUCUGCCGCUAGCAACUUCAAAAAUAAUGCGCGGGAGACAUAUUUGUUUGUCUUGGAUCUCUGAUUUUGUCAUUUACAUGUAAUUUCUUUGCUUGCUUUAAGUUCCAUAGCGAUUGAGGGCGAGUAAUUGGCAAAGUUAAACAAAAUGGACUGGACACCGUGACACAGCCCCUUUAAUGCCGCUCAUAAUCAAAUGUAUUUCAAAGGAAAGCAUGCAAUGCGACAAGAGAGGGACAAGGGACUCCUCUCUGACCCUGACGUGUUCGGGUGUCUGCUGAAAAACAUUUGCACACUUAAUUUCUUCCUCAAAAUUAUUUUCUUUUAAAAUUAUAUCAAACACUCAAACGGUGUUUCAUCAUAACAUCCAUCACCUCGAAUUUUGUCAAAAAUGCUCCGCUGUGCGUUGUGUUUUAUCUCUUUUCUCAGUGUUUGAUACGUGAUGGAACACUCUGUCUCGUGUUGUCAUAUUACACCAAACCCCAGACGUCCCAAAAGUGUUAAGCAGCAGCCAAUUAGACAUCGACUUAUACUUGCCCGUACAUGACCCACGUCAGUAGAUACAGGCAUUGCCCCGAAAAGCGAUAUCUUGAUUGGCUUGUGCCUAACCCACUGGGCCUUAGAGAGGCACCUAUUAUUUGGCCUUUCUCUUGCUGGAGGUUCAUCGUUCAGUGUUUGGUAAGUAGGCAACCUAAUGCUUAGUGCCAAUGAACCU